CGUCACUUCCCGUCGGUCGUUCUCUGGCGCGCUCGCGUUUGGCGCGUUUUCUCGCUCGUCUCUCUUGGGGCUCCUGAUCUCCGAGGAGGCUCCGGCCUUCCUCCUGCCAGGGACCGAUUGAUCCAGAUGCUCUCGAUGGAACAGCCACUGUGGAUCCAAAGCCACUUCCUCAGACACAUGCAAUGAAACCAUCAACAUAGACUUGCUGUCCUUCUGCAGGCCAUGUUCUCAGAGCAGGCUGUCCAGUCUGCACAGAGUCUCUUGACCUCCCCAUCUGCAGCAGCUUCUAUCUUUGCCCGUGUGCCCAUCAGCAGCUAUACCAACUGCUCCCAGAACUUCAGACUUGGGGAGCGGACUUUCAAUCGGCAGUAUGCUCACAUCUAUGCCACACGCCUCAUUCAGAUGAGACCAUUACUGGUGGAGAGAGCCCGACGCAAAUGGGGGAGCAACAUUACAGUGAAGAAGCUUUGUGAGCUGCAGCUAGGAGAAAAGUGCUGUGUGGUGGGGACGCUAUUCAAGUCUAUGCAGCUUCAACCUUCCAUCCUCCGGGAAAUCAGUGAAGAGCACAAUCUGCCACCACAGCCUCCUCGUACCAAGUACAUCCACCAGUCCGAUGAACUGAUCUUGGAGGAUGAGCUGCAGCGAAUCAGACUGGAAGGAGCUAUACAGAUUGACAAGCUGGUGACAGGAACCAUCUUGGCAGUCUAUGGCUCAGAGAGGGAUGAUGGCAAGUUUCUUGUUGAAGAUCACUGCUUUGCAGAUAUGCCCACCCAGCUGCCCAUGAUGGGGCCCGGCACAGACAGGUUUGUCUUGCUGGUGUCAGGUCUGGGCCUUGGUGGCAAGAGUGGAGAGAGUCUCCUGGGGAUGCAGCUGCUUGUGGACAUGGUGACCGGACAGCUGGGCGCCGAGGCUGAGCAGUCGAGUGCAGCCCUCAUCUCUCGGGUCAUCUUGGCAGGCAAUUUGCUCAGCCAGAAUACCCAGAGCAGAGACACCGUUAAUAAGGCGAAGUACCUUACCAAGAAAACGCAGGCUGCCAGUGUGGAGGCUGUGAAGAUGCUGGAUGAAAUCUUGUUGCAGCUGAGUAUAUCUGUCCCUGUAGAUGUGAUGCCUGGUGAGUUUGAUCCCACCAACUACAUACUACCUCAGCAGCCACUGCAUCGCUGUAUGUUUCCCCUGUCGAGUGCCUACUCCACACUGCAGUUGGUCACCAAUCCUUACCAAGCCAACAUCGAUGGUGUCAGGUUUUUGGGGACCUCAGGCCAAAACAUCAGUGACAUCUUCAAGUACAGCAGCAUGUCAGACUAUCUGGAAAUCCUGGAGUGGACUUUACGGAUUGGUCAUCUUAGCCCCACUGCUCCAGAUACACUUGGCUGCUACCCAUUUUACAAGUCUGACCCCUUCAUCUUCACUGACUGCCCUCAUGUCUAUUUCUGUGGGAAUGCACCUUCCUUCAAAUGCAAGGUAGUCAAAGGUGAUGAUGGCCAGAAAGUCUUGUUGGUGACCCUUCCUGAUUUCAGCACAACACAAACAGCUUGCCUGAUCAACCUUCGUGACCUCACGUGCCAGCCAGUCGCCUUCUGCGCCUUCGGUGCCAGUGAGGAGGAGGAAGAGAUGCUGAUGGAAACUGCCCAGUGAGAAGCACCCUCUCUUACUGCCUUGGAAGUGUAUAUUGUAAAGGAGAGGGAGUGCUCGGAGCCAUGCCUUCCCCAUCCCCCCCCCCGACUAUGGUGUUUUUCUCUCUCUGAGCCAAAAGUUUUAAUAAAGUAUACUGCCUA